AUGGAUAAUGAAACUCCUAAAAAUCUUUUAAAUAACUAUAUAUUAAGAGAAAAUAAUAAGUUUGAUAAUUUAAAUAAAAUUAAAGAAAAAGAAGACGGUUACACUUUUUUGAUGAACACGUUAAACUUGUGUAAAGACAUUUCAAAUGAGAACGUGUUUUACAUAAUUAUUGAAAAUAUAAAUACUUACAUAGAUAAAUUGAAAAAAGAAAAGAAAUUUUAUGAUUUUAUUUUUUCUUAUAAUGGUGUCAUUGAAGAGUAUUAUUCUUUAAAUGAAGAGUAUAUAAUUUUUACUAAAAUUAUAGAAAAUUUGAAUUCAUUAGAUAUAAUUGAAUUAUUCAUAACUUUCAAUUUUAAUAAAAAAUUAUUUGAUAUAUUAUUAUUUUCUUAUAAUGAAUUGCAUCUAAUUGAAAUAAAAAAAAUUUAUUAUAUUUUAUUUGAAUUAAUAUAUGUAUUAAUUGAAAAUUUAACUUAUUACAUGGAAGAAAACACUUUUAGUGGAGAAUUAAUAGAUAAAAUGUUUUUAAGUAAUGACUUAAAAUAUAUUAAUAAAAAACAAAUUAACAAUAUUUAUACUUAUAUAAACGAAAAAAGUUGUGAUUAUAUGAAUAUGAUAUUUUCUUUACUAGAAUUCUUUUUAGACUUAAUUGAUAAAAUUUAUGAUUAUAUCUUAAAUAGCAACAUUGAUUGUAAUAAUUAUAUAAAUGAUUUGAUUAUAAUAAAAAAAGAUAUAUAUGAAAAAAUAGAUAAUAAUCCUAAUGAAAGACAUCAUCUUGAUUUAUGUAGAAAAGAACUUAAUUCAGCCAAAAUAAAUGACAUAUUAAUAAAUAAUAUAUAUUUUAAAAAAAGAGAAAAUACACAUUACGAUGAUAUUAUAGAAAAUUAUACUUCUAUAGAAAAAAAGGAUAAUGAAAACAAAUCAACUGAUAAAGAAAAAAAAUUGUUAGAUUGCACAUUUAUAUGUAAUUAUGAAGACAAUGUUGUUUUAAUAAAAAAUAAUAGCAAUGAUAAUAAUGGAGAUGUGGAAGAAAGAAAAAAAAAAAGUAGUUUCGCUUUCGAGAUAAAAUUAAUAAAUAUCAAUUUAAAUUUAUUAAAAAUAAUUAUAUGUACUCUUUUCAAAGCAAAAAAGGUUACACAUUAUAUGAAUGAAAAAAUUUCAAAAAGAUUUUUUUACGUAUUUAAUGAAAUGAUAAAUGAUAUUAUAAGAAGUCUAUAUAAAAAAAAACAUGUACUCUUUUUAGAUUACUUUUUUAGUGACAUAUUAAAAAAUGUUAGUUUACUAGUUUUUUAUUAUAAUGAAAAUAUUGAAGAUGCUCCUAAACAAACAAUGUUAUUUUAUAAAAGCUUAAAUAAAGUGAUUGAUCAAGUCUCUAUUUACCUACAUAAUAGGAAAAUUUUUUAUGAAUUGAAUUAUGAUAAAAAAAUAACAAAAAAUUUUUUUAACAUCAGAAAAUUUUUGUAUAAUUUUGAUAAAACGUACUAUAUUCUGUUUUAUUUAUUUUAUACAAUAAUAGAAAAAACAAACCGUUUAAAUAAUGAAAUAUUUUUAUUUUUUUGUAGUGAAAUAAUAAGUAAGAUCGAAAAUGAUGAAGAAAAAAAAGUAAAUAUUGGUGAUUUAGAAGAAAAAGAAGAAAUUAUUAAAUUAAAAUUAGAGAAAUUAUAUUUAAAUAAAAAAUUUUUAAUUAGUUACAGAAACGAAAAGAAAGAAAAAAGUAUAAACCGAAUUAUAACAAUUUUUAUUUUUCUUGAAAAAAAAAUAAAAAAAUAUUUUUGCUUUUUUAAAUAUAUAUUUAGUUUUAUAUGGAAUAAAUUUAAAAAAAGAAAAAAGAAGAAAAAAAAAAAUAUUUUAAGUGAUUUUGACUUAAUUAGAAAAAAAAUUAAAUAUGUCUUAUUGGAUAUAUUUAUUAAAUUUACUGAUGCAUUGGUGAUAUAUAAAUAUUGUUUUAAUGAGAAUAGUGACGUAAAUGUAAGAGUUUCAUUUUUUGAUGAGUUUCAUUUAUAUAUGAAAUCUGUGCAGCAAAUAAUUUUUACUACUUUUACUUUUGCACCUGAUGAUAUAAUUGAAAAAAUAGAUAAAUAUUCAAAAAAUAAAUCAAAGUUAGUUAAAUAUAAUAUUGAUCAAAAUGAGUUUGUUGAAUUUAACAAGAAACUUUAUUACUUUUAUGAGUUGAAUAAUAUAGAGAAUAAUAAUUUAAGAAAUAAAGAAAAAAAUACCAUAAAUAUAUCAGAUAAUUUUAUUAACAGAAAGAAAAAUAUUAGUGAAGAAGGAGAAUAUGAAUAUAAUAUUUACAAAGGAGAUAAUGUAUCAUAUCAUGAAAAUGAUAAUACUAAUACCAAUAAAGAAAACAUUUGCAAGCUUUAUUCAUCUAUAGAACAAAUAAUGAAAUAUGAUUUUCAGAAUUGUAAAAAAAUGGAAAAUCCUAAUAAUUUUAUUGAAUUUGAUAUGAUAGGAUUAAAUGUUUUAAGUGUUAUUUUUAUGAAUAUAAUGAAAGAAAUAAUUAAUAAUAAAUAUAAAUUUGCUUAUUUUAAAAAGUCUAUAAUUCAUAUUGAACUUGUAAAGAAAUUAUUAUAUGUAUUAAUUAAUAAUAAUAAUAAUAAUAUAACUGAUAAUAUUAAUGAUUUUAAAGAAAAAAAAAUAUUUGCAAAUAAAGAAAAAAAAGAUUUAGAUAACUAUUUUUUCUUUCCUUAUGAAUUUUUAUCAUCAAUUAUUAUUUCACAAUUAAAAUGUUUCGUGAAUAACAAUUUAAAUAAUUAUAAAAUAUUUAUAAUAUUUCUUGAGUUCCUUUUUUAUAUUAGUUCAUCAAUUAAUCCUUUUUUUUUUUAUAUUUCAAAAAAAUUGUGGGAAUUUUUAGGAUAUUUUAUUAAUAAAAAUAAUGAUACAGAAUCCCUAUCAGCUUUAUUACACAUUUUAUUUUAUUUAAUUUCAGAUAAAGAGAAAAAUAAUGUUUUGAAAAGCAAUGAAAUAAUAUUUCACAAAAAAAAAAAAACUAAUAGUAAGCAAUAUUUCUUAUUUCUAUUUUUAAAAAAUCAAAUUGUUUUAAAUAGAAAUGGGAAAAAUUAUUUAUUUUUUUUUCAUAUUUUUUUAAAAAAUAUAAAUUCAGAAGAAUUAAUAUCAACGGUUAUGAAAAGCUUUUUCUAUAAAUAUCAUAUUAAUUUGCAAUAUUCUUUAAAUAUAUUAUUAAAAUAUUUAAAUGCUUAUGAACAAAAGGUAGAGAAAAGAGAAAAGGAAGACAAUGAAAAAAAAGAAUUUAAUAAUGAAAAAAAUGAAAAGAAAACUAUUAAUGAAAACAUAGAGAUAAAUAAUAUUGAAUAUAAGAAUAGUCAUAAUGUAAAUGUAUCAUUAUCAAAAAACGUAUUUCAAAAAAAUAUGGAAAAUGAUGAGGUAAUAGAUGAAAAUAGAAUAAUAUCUAUUUUUAUUUAUUUUGAUAUUAUUAAAAUAUUACCAAAAAGAUUCCUUCAUUUCAUAAACGAUAUAAAUUUGAUGAAGGAGUUUCAAAAUUUUUUUUACUUUUUAAUAUAUUUAUAUGAUGAAUUUAAAUUACUUGAAAAAAGAAAUGAAAAAUAUAUACACACAAAAAUUUUUAAUAAAAUAAAAAUAAUGAAUGAACAAUAUUAUUAUAAUUGUGCAAAAAUAUAUUUUCCUAUGAUAACAUCAUCAUUAAUAUCUCAUUUCGUAUUUUCGCUUUUAAAUGAAAACUCCUUUUUAUCAAAUUUCAGAAUUAUCAAAUUUUACGAAAAUUUUUUUAGUAAUAAGAAUUUAUACACUUUAUGUAAUAAUUACAUUUACAUAAAAAUUCUGAAUGAAUCUUUUAUAAUUUUGUUAUAUCUAAAGAAAAAUGAAAAAUACUUAAAUGAUUUUGAAAUGGCAAAUGAUAAAAAAAAUGAAAUAAAAGAAAGUGAAAAAGGAGAUAGUGAAAAUUUAUUAGAAUUUGAAAAUAGCAUGAGUAAUAUAAAAGCAUACACAACUAAUAAUAACAAAAUAGAUGGGAAUUUAAAUAUUUUUUCAUGUCUUUUUAAAGUAUAUAUUAUUUUUGUUGAAGAAUACUCUUACUUUUUUUUCUCAUCUAUGAUGGUAUUAAUUAAAAAUGAUAUUAUAUUAAAUGAGUAUGAUUUUAUAAAUUUUUAUAAAAAUGUACAUGAUAAUUUAAAAAAUAAAGAAAAAUAUUCUCCUUCUUUUAAAUAUUUAAUGUUAUCUAUACUUGAAUAUUUUUUUAAUAAAAAAAAUACAAUUUUGGAUAACGAAAGUACCGAGAGUACUACAGUAGAUAAAAAGGAAAAUAUAAAAUUAUUACAUGAUAGGAAGAAUUUUCUAAAUAUUUUUUUCCAGAAUUGUUCCUCUUCUCAGUUGUUAUCUAAUUUUUAUUUAAAAAAUGAACUUUCGAAAUUCUUACAAAAAAACUUAAAAAAUAUUUCAAGUGAGAAUGAUGUUGAAAAUUUAUCUGAUUUGCUAUUAGUUAAUCUUCAUAUUUGGACAAAUAUAUAA